AUGGCUCUGGAGGCUAGCCAUGAGGAGCAGGGAAUCGGCUGGGGAAGCGCGCAGCCGGCCCCCAGCGUCCAGGAGAUUUUGAGGAACAACCCCCUAUGCGUCCCCGACAGGUACAGGAGAGGCCGCCAGGAGAAGUCCACGGCGGACGUCGUCGCCGCUUCCCUCGACCUCCCCGUGAUCGAUCUUUCCCUGCUUUCCAGCGGCGACGAAGGGGAGAGACUAUGUCUGGACAGCGCCUGCAAGGACUGGGGUUUCUUCCAGGUAACAGAGGGCAACCCGCAAUCCACUUCUGGCCUUCUCUCCCAUUCAUAAAUACAGGCUAAAUCCCAGCUUGUUCUCCUCCUGCAGACCGUAAACCAUGGGAUCAGCGAUGAGGUCAUACGGCAGAUUAGGACGGAAUAAAGAUUAUGUAUGAAUAUGAAUAUGAAUGAAUAUGAUUAUGUAUGAAUAUGAAUAUGAAUGAUAUUGGGGGAAUAUCUAAAACCUUUAUCUAUCUUCGUAAGAUGCGGGCGAACUCCCCUAUCUUAUCCUCAAGCUACCACUAUCUCAGGUCCUGAUAUUGCCUCCCAGUACAUGCUAGAUAUAUCGUUAAACAUGCCUCUCGAUCAACUGAUGUGCUCGAGGCAACGGUGACUGAACCUCCCAGUAAAUGCAAGGGGAAACACUGGUCAAAGACAACAGUACAAAAGUUUAAAGCACGGUCGAUGAAUGGAGGUGGAUAGAGUGUGUGUGAGUGUGUGUGGUAGAGAGAAAAGGAUCGUACCCUACGUUUUCUCUCUUAUCUGUUCUCUUUUUUGGUGAUGUGUCAAAGGUGCCGACCCGUAGAUCUAAAGGCAGGUGAUAAACCUCCAUGCCACUCAAGGCCGUCAUUGAACUCAAACCCCUCCAUCGAUAUUCGGGGUGGUUCUUGCCACCCCUGUUCCUCGCGGACGCCGCCUCAAUGGCCUACAUACCGGCUCCGCCGUCGAGCGGCGCAUGCGGUGCUGGGGAGGGAAGGCCAGCCGUUUGAUCGUCAUGAUAUCCCGUCGCUCCCGGGGGAGAGGUUGCGGAGAGGCCCUCGACCUCCUCCGCGACCUGCAGCGGAACGGCCAGCGGCCGGGGCGUUUCAUGUUCUCCAGUCUCCUUCGGGCCUCCAGAGGCCUCUCAGACCUCGGAGCCGUGGAGAAGCUCCACGGGUCCGCCAUCCGGUCGUCCUUCGACGCCGACGUCUUCGUGAGCUGCGAUCUGAUCGACAUGUACUCCAGGUGCGGCCCAUUGACGGAACCCGUAAGAUCUUCGAUGCUGUGAACGGGAGCCUUGCACGUGGGCCCCCCAUGUUCGCAGAACGGCAUGGUGCGGUUAUGCGAGAAGUGCUCUGGCGUGUACACGUCAGAGCACGUUGUGCUCUUACGGUUAGUUAUGCGAGAAGUGCUCUUGGCCAGUUAGUUAUUUCUUACGGUUAUUUCUUUCCACCUUUGUUUUUUUCAUAAUAAAAAAAGAAAGUUUUCCUUGUUCCUCCUGCUGUGUUUUUCGCGGGGGCCGGGACUCGAUCGCGGCAAGGUACAGCCGUUGGAAUUGAGAACGCGCAAUCGAGACGCGCUAUGGCAGGAAGAAAGGACGGCGUGGUCCAGAAUUCUUGAGGUGAGCGCCGGGACCGGGUUCCCAAUGCCCACCAAGACCAACUACGACGACUGGGCGCUGCUCAUGAAGGUCAAGCUCAGAGCCCGGUUGCUCUGGACCGCCAUUGAGAAAGGGGCCGUCGAACCCCAUGAAGACAUGCAGGCGCUCGACGCGCUCUGCAGCGCCGUGCCGCCAGAAAUGUGGCCGGUGAUCGCGAACAAGGAGACGGCCAAGGAGGCCUGGGAGGCUAUCGCCACCAUGCGGAUCGGCGAUGACCGCGUAAAGAAGACGUCGGCUCAGAACUUGCGGCGGUAGUUCGACUCGGCGACGUUCAAGGAGGGAGAGUCUGUUGACGACUACGCCCUGCGUCUCAACAGCAUGGCGUCGACUCUCAACACCCUCGGCGACAAGGUCGAAGAGACGCAGGUAGUGAAGAAGAUAAUCCGCAGUGUUCCCCAGCGUUUCAGGCAGAUCGUGGUCGCGAUCACGAUGCUGCUCGACGUGUCGACGCUCACCGUCGCGGAUUUGACGGGUCGGCUCAAGGCGGCGGAGGAUGCCUUCGAGGAACCACCGCCGGCUAUGCACCACGACGGCAAGCUGUACCUGACCGAGGAAGAGUGGGACGCACGGCGGAGGAAGCGUGAUGCUGAGAAAACUGGUGGUGGAGGUAGCAGCAGCGUGACGCACCGUAGCAGACAUGGGCAUGGGUGCGGCCGUGGCAGCGACAAGGGCUCGUCAUCAGGCGGCCUGACGGGCAACUCAGGCCGGCCCAGCGGUGAUGAGUGCAGGAGAUGUGGGAAGCUGGGCCACUGGGCCCGCGAAUGCCGCUCCAAGCCCAAGAAAGAGCAGGCCCACGUCGUCCAGGAUGAGGAGGAGGCCUCGCUCCUUCUCGUGAAGUCAACGACGGCCAUAUCGACGGCACCGCCACCAACCUCCACUCCACCACGUUUUGCUGCGACUCCGCAGGCAGAGGAUCGGCUCCGGCGUGCAAGCCCACCGCCGCCGGGAGCAAAAGGGGUCCCCGUCAAUGGAGGGGCCGCCAAAGAAGAGCGGAAGCCAGGCGCCCAGACCCAGAUCCAUCUGCGGGAAGAGAAGGUGUUCGCCCACCUUGAAGAGGAGGAGCUGCGUGAUGAGGAGGCGUGGGUCAUGGACACGGGCGCCACGAACCACAUGUCGGGUUCCCGUACGGCUUUCACCGAGCUGGACACAGAGGUACUUGGGACGGUGCGGUUCAGCGACGACUCGGUGGCGCUGAUCGAAGGCCGGGGGGCAAUCGUGUUCCUGUGCAAGAAUGGCGAGCACCGGUCCUUCGCAAGGGUGUAUUACAUUCCUCGACUGACGACGAACAUUGUCAGCGUCGGCCAACUCGAUGAGGCCGGGUACCAUAUCGACAUCGAGAAGGGGGCGAUGAAGAUCUAUGAACCAGGCGAACGGCUCCUGACGAAGGUGAUGCGCGGAGAGAACCGGCUGUACAUUCUCCACGCCAAGCUGAUUCGGCAGGUUGUUAGAAACUCGCCGGAGAGAUGACGUCAGUUAAGACGUCGCCGACGAGAUCACCUUCUGAGUCACAGGAAAAACCCAGCAGGAGGAACAAGGAAGACUAUCUCGCUCAUUAAGAAAACCUCUUACAGCCCUCUUUAAAUAAGGGAGCAAAAAGGGGGAAAAGGAAUAACCGUAAGCAAUAAGUAACCUGUUACAGCUCUAGGCAGGUGUGCCUCGAGAUGUACAAGGCCUAUGCUGUUAUACGAAAAGACGUGCAAGACGUGCAAGGCUCCCCAUUCACGACAAUCUCCUCCUGAGCCUUGCUAUACUUACCAUAAACUCCAUGUUGAUCUGACCCUUUUCUGCGGAUGCUCGGACAAGAUGAUACUUCACUUCAAUGUGUUUGCUAUGUCCAUGGAGAACUGAGUUCUUGAUCAAUGCUAUGGCAGACUUGUUGUCCACCUUCAGCAUCGGCACACUUGGUGCUGAGCCAUGCACCUCUGCUAACAUCCGAGCAAGCCACACACUCUGGCAGAUAACAUUGGCAGCCGCAAUGUACUCUGCCUCACAACUAGACUGAGCCACCACCUUCUGUUUCAUUGACUGCCAAAUAAUUGGGUUGCUGGCCAAGAAGAAAAUAACUCCAAUCGUGCUCUUCCGAGCAUCAACAUCACCAGCGAAGUCACUAUCGCUGAACCCUGUCAACUAGACUUGCUUCUCCUUUUUCCUUUCAUACCUGAGACCCCAGCUCUUGGUUCCCGCCACAUAGCGGAGAAUUUGCUUCACAGCAGCCAAGUGAUCCUUUCGUGGCUCUUCUAGAAAACGACUCACAUAGCCAACCACAAAUGCCAAAUUUGGAUGAGUAUUGACUAGGUACUUGAGACUCCCCACGAUGCUUGUGUACGCUGUUGCAUCCACCAGCGGCUCUGUGCUCAUCUUACUCAGUUUCAGACAUGUUGCCAUUGGUACUUGACAGGGAUUGCACCCUGCCAUCCCGCUCCUCUCUAGAAUCUUGGUGGCAUAGGCUCCUUGGCUGAUCAAGGUGCCCCUCACACUAUGCUUGACUUCAGUGUCAAGAUAGUAGUGAAGCAAGCUGAAGUCGCUCAUCUUGAAUGCGUCAGUCAUUUCUUUUUUGAACUGCUUGAUGUCAUUGCAACUGGCACCGAUGAUCACCAGGUCAUCGACGUACACCCCGACCACUAGCUGCACCUCCCCGUUCUACUUGGUGUAGAUGGCAUGUUCCGAGGGACUCCUCUUGAAUCUGAACAACAGCAACAUUUCAUCUAACUUCGCGUUCUAGGCCUUAGGCGCCUGAUGUAAGCCGUAGAGUGCCUUCUUCAGCUUGAAUACCUUGUGCUCGUGACCCGUGCUGAUGAAACCGGCCAGCUGCUCCACAUACACCUCUUCCUUGAGAUCGCCAUUCAAGAAUGCCGACUUGACAUCCAUGUGAUGCACCUCCCACCCCUCGUGCGCUGCGAGAGCAAUGAGAAGUUGCACCGUGUCCAGCCGCACCACAAGUGCGAACACCUCGUCGUAGUCGAUCCACUGGCGUUGUAUAUAGCCCUUCACCACUAGGCGCGCCUUGUACUUCGCCACGGCUCUAUUUUCAUCCCGCUUCACCUUGUACACCCACUUCAACCAGAUCGCCCGGCAACCAUGUGGGAGGUCUACUAGGGACCAAGUGCGGUUUUCCUCGAUCGACGCCAUCUCCUCCUCCAUAGCCUUCCUCCAGCUCGGGUGGCCCUCUGCUUCAACAAAAGAGACUGGCUCAUCAGAACUUACAGUGUGCAGCUCCUUUGCAAUUAACGCCCGCGACGCAAGACCACGUGACGAGGUCAGCCCAACGAUGUUGUCGAUCUUGCGGAAUCGGAGUGACGCAUCAUCGUGAUUAGCAUCCAAGUGGUCGAUGUGGACACUAGGUGGAGUGGCGAACUCCACCUCCUCUCCUCCAUCUUCAAUCAACGCUGCUCCCCCACUGUAGUGCACGGACGGUGGCGACAUCGGCUCCGGUCCCGGCGCAUCAUCAUCAAGUACCUCGAUUGCACCAUCGAGCUCUAAAGGUACCUGGUUCACAACGGCAUACUCCAAUGUGAACAUAUCGUCGUGGCUGCCCGCAUCCCCUUGCUUUGCACUACUGCCCUAGUCCCACUGGGCAUUUUCGUCGAACACCACAUCCCGUGUCACAUGUACACGCCUCGUGGUGGGAUCGUAGGCUCAGUAGGCCUUUGAUCCGUACUCGUAGCCGAUGAAGAUCAUCUUGCGGCCGUGGUCCUCCAGCAGCUUCUUGAGAUGCGGUGUCGUGUUCAGGACUUAGGCAAUGCAUCCGAACACCUUCAGAUGGUGCACUGCCAGCUUCUUCCCGUGCCAUACCUCAGAAGGCGUCAUGCCAUCCACACUCUUCGUGGGACACCGGUUCAAGAUGUAUACAGCAGUUGCCACUAUCUCACCCCAAAACCAGCCCGGCAGCCCCUUUGCCUUGAGCAUGCUCCUCGCGGUUGCUACCACCGUACCAUUCCUGCACUCGACGAUGCCAUUCUGCUGCAGGUUGUAUAGCGUUGUGUGUUGACGAUGAAUACCUUCUCCCGUGCAAUACUCCGCAAACUCAUGUGAGGUGAAUUCGCCGCCCCAAUUAGUACGGAGCGCUCCCAGCUUCAGUCCUGACUCGCCUUCUACCCGAGCCUUGAUCUCCUUGAUGGCCACCGCAGCACGGUCCUUUGAAGGCAGCAUGGCCACCCACAUGUACUGGCUUCGAUCAUCCACGAGCAGUAGGAAAUACUUGCUGCCGUUUGGUGUUCCCGGCGCAAUCGGAUCACAGAGGUCGCUGUGCACCAGCUCCAGAACACGCCGCGCCCGGUACUCUCCCUGCUCGGGGAACGCCGACCGCUUCUGCUUGCCAGCGAGACACGCCUCCCACAGCUGGUCCACCUGACCAACUACCAGCAACCCGCGCACCAGCUCCUCCCGAGCCAUCUUCCGCAGUGUGGUCAUGUUGACCUGGCCGAGGCGCGCGUGCCAUUUCCAAGCUUCUUCGACUGCCCGCGCUUCUAGGCACACCUGCAGAACCAGCUUGGCGUGGAGAAUGUACAGCCGGUUCUCUCCGCACAUCACCUUCGCCAAGAGCCGUUCGCCUGGUUCAUAGAUCUUCAUCGCCCCCUUCUCGAUGUCGAUAUGGUACCCGGCCUCAUCGAGUUGGCCGACGCUGACGAUGUUCGUCGUCAGUCGAGGAAUGUAAUACACCCCCGCGAAGGACCGGUGCUCGCCGUUCUUGCACAGGAACACGAUUGCCCCCCGGCCUUCGAUCCGCGCCACCGAGUCGUCGCCGAACCGCACCGUCCCAAGUACCUUCGUGUCCAGCUCGGUGAAAGCUGUACGGGAACUCGACAUGUGGUUCGUGGCACCCGUGUCCACGACCCACACCUCCUCAUCACGCAGCUCCUCCUCUUCAAGGUGGGCGAACACCUUCUCUUCCCGCAGAUGGAUCUGGGUCUGGGCGCCUGGCUUCCGCUCUUCUUUGGCGGCCCCUCCAUUGACGGGGACCCCUUUUGCUCCCGGGCGGCGGUGGGCUUGCACGCCGAAGCCGAUCCUCUGCCUGCAGAGUCGCAGCAAAACGUGGUGGAGUGGAGGUUGGUGGCGGCGCCGUCGAUAUGGCCGUCGUUGACUUCACGAGAAGGAGCGAGGCCUCCUCCUCAUCCUAGACGACGUGGGCCUGCUCUUUCUUGGGCUUGGAGCGGCACUUGCGGGCCUAGUGGCCCAGCUUCCCGCAUCUCCUGCACUCAUCACCGCUGGGCCGGCCUGAGUUGCCCGUCAGGCCGCCUGAUGACAAGCCCUUGUUGCUGCCACGGCCGCGCCCGCGCCCGCGCCCAUGUCUGCUACGGUGCGUCACGCUGCUGCUACCUCCACCACCAGUUUUCUCAGCAUCACGCUUCCUCCGCCGUGCCUCCCACUCUUCCUCGGUCAGGUACAGCUUGCCGUCGUGGUGCAUAGCCGGCGGUGGUUCCUCGAAGGCAUCCUCCGCCACCUUGAGCCGACCCGUCAAAUCCGCGACGGUGAGCGUCGACACGUCGAGCAGCAUCGUGAUCGCGACCACGAUCUGCCUGAAACGCUGGGGAACACUGCGGAUUAUCUUCUCCACUACCUGCGUCUCUUCGACCUUGUCACCGAGGGUGGUGAGAGUCGACGCCAUGCUGUUGAGACGCAGGGCGUAGUCGUCAACAGACUCUCCCUCCUUGAACGUCGCCGAGUCGAACUGCCGCCGCAAGUUCUGAGCCGACGUCUUCUUUACGCGGUCAUAGCCGAUCCGCAUGGUGGCGAUAGCCUCCCAGGCCUCCUUGGCCGUCUCCUUAUUUGCGAUCACCGGCCACAUUUCCGGCGGCACGGCACUGCAGAGCGCGUCGAGCGCCUGCAUGUCUUCAUGGGGUUCGACGCCCCCUUUCUCAAUGGCGGUCCAGAGCAACCGGGCUCUGAGCUUGACCUUCAUGAGCAAUGCCCAGUCGGAGUAGUUGGUCUUGGUGAGCAUUGGGAACCCGGUCCCGGCGCUCACCUCACGAAUCACCCUCUGGACCACGCCGUCCUUUCCUCCUGCCAUAGCGCGUCUCGAUUGCGCGUUCUCGAUUCCAACGGCUGUACCUUGCCGUGAUCGAGUCCCGGCCCCCGCAACCUGGGAGCUCUAAUACCACUUGUCAAAAACUCGCCGGAGAGACGACGGCAGUUAAGACGUCGCCGGCGAGAUCACCUCACGAGUCACAGGGAAAAAACACAGCAGGAGGAACAAGGAAAACUUUCUUCUGCUCUGUUUUUCCUGUGACUCGUGAGGUGAUCUCGCCGGCGACGUCUUAACUGCCGUCGUCUCUCCGGCGAGUUUCUGACAGAUGCGGCGACCGAGAGAGGCACGGUAGUGUGGAACUCCCUAGGCACCGGCUACGCUCGCCUGGGCUUCGCCGGUUCGGCAACAAUGGGACUUCCACUGAGGCUGUAAAUCUCUACAAUCAGAUAAGGACGGUGCAGAGUCCGACCAUCUGACUUUCACGGUUCUCUUACGGCUUGUAGCCAUGGCGAGAGAAGAGGAAGAUGAGGGCGAAGAGGCAGACAUUGAGGGGGGAACCCAGGGUGUGCAGUUGGAAAAACACAGCGCAAUUUCGAUGCUUCCUGGUGCUACUGAUAAGUUGACACCGAAUCUGGUGGCUGAUGGGAAGAGAAUAAUGAUGGGUUUCCACUAAUCACUUGUAAGAUCCCUUUGAAUAAACUAUCAAUAACUCACUCGUCAUCUUCAUUUGCCGUCCGGUUGAUUGACUUAAAGCAUUCUUCCUCCCUUCUUCUCAAAAUACGAUAUCGAUCAACCAAUAUGCAGAAUAAAAGAAAGGUGAGAGAUCUGGAUUAUGAAAGACCUCUACCUAUUCCAGAAGCAAACGAUAUUUAGCAUGUUAGGCGAUGACCAUUAACUUUUUGUCGAAAGUCAACUACAGUCGACCACCACAGAAAUAGACCACCAUCGACCACCACACACGUUUUUAUGUCACCAGCGUACCUCGCCGAUCACCCCGUCAAGAUAAGCGAACGUAGUCGUCGACUUUCGACGGAAAAGGAAAGGCCUACAUCCGAUGGCGAGGAUGAUCUAGCGAAUGCAGAGAUGAGUCUGAUGAAGUCAUAGGCCACAGCUGCGGGAGGAGAAGAUUCUUCAUUUCCAGAGAAGUGGCUGAAGUAUAUCUCCAGGAAUCAACCUAGGUGGCGUUUUAUGGUACGAGCUGCAGGUGGCGCCACCACCGCCGCCGCCAGAAGGCGGCCUCCUUGAAGACCAAACAGCUCGUGUGGCAUCCUACAGAGACGGACAUCGCCAUCCGACGAUCCCAUCAUCCAAGUAUCAACAAAGAAGGAACGAAAUCAAGUUUACAUUAGUUGGCAUUGUACUAUCACGUGGUACUCUAAUAUAUUAUUUGUGUUCCGUAUGUUUAAGUACCCCUGGGGCUCUUACCCUCGAGUUUAGAACAUGUGAUGUGCGUGACUAUUCGGCAAGUGCGGUGUGCUUGAUUAAAGAAUCAGCUCUUGUGGUGAGUUCAGUCAAUUCCUAAGUAAUUGUUGUGCGUUAGGGCAUCAAUUUUGCACUUGUUGUUUGCUUGAGUGGAAGACCUAUACCUGUGGUUGGUUGGUUCGUUCAACUUUUUUAGUAAGCUUAAAUCCUUCUCACAAGAUUGUGCUGCUCAACAAACUUUUAUCCUUUUAUAUAGAUUAUAAGUGAGUCAUAUUUAAUCCAAGAAAAAAAAAACUAAAGAGAUAAAAUAUCAUAAUAAUUAAAAAUAUUAAGAAUCAAUUCACUCCCCUUCUUGAUUCACUGAGGAAUCACGGAUCAACAACCUGAAUUGAUGAUCUAAAGAAAACAUAUGAGAUCACAUACACGAGAAAAACUGAUAUAAAUAAAAAGGGAGAGAGAUAGAUGGAGUGAGAGAUGAGAGAGAGACAUGAAUCCUAAAUGUGUUCAUACAGACACUUAUAUUUGGUCAAAGGAUCCACCUUUCAUAAAUUCAAAUCAAUAGGUUUAAGUAGGAUAAUUGUGCCUCUCAAAGGAACAAAUGUCGGCCUUGUAGAUUAUGUUCAAAAUUUUCAUGUAUUACUUACUAUAAAUUAACAUAUUUAACCAUAUAAUUAAUGUUAUUUUAUUGAUAAUUCAAUUAGUUUUUGUUAGUUAAUCACAUAACUCUAAAUUGGUUUUUGAUCCAAGGGUCGUCUUGGGUUGGACCUACUUAUUUUUUAUUGGUCACAUUACAAUGUUUAAAACUAAAUGUGCACGUUAUGAAGGUCAUAAUAAUAGUUCCAAAGUUGGAUUUACUUUGUGCCCUUAUCAUUAUGUUUCAUAUACAAGGGAUUGAGCACAAAUCACAUAGAAGCAAUUGCUCAAGGGUUUCAGACAAAAAGGUCAUUUAGUUGGAUCUAGUUUUGAAAAUGAUCCAACUUGAAAGUUAAGGCCAAUUUUUCUUGCUGACCAUGGGACUAUUUCCAUAGCAAGGAUUAUUUUUAAUUUGCACCUAGUGACAACAAAAUCUCAAUUCGUUUACCUUCCAUUGCUAUCAUUCUUCAAUUUAUUUCUAUUACCCUACCUGUCCUCAUCACCUUCAAUCUUUCAGCAAUCAUUCGACUUGCAACUAAAAGCAUGCAGUAAAAUUAUGAACAUUAGAGGAAAAAUGAAGGAAAUAAACUACCAAUAACUCAAUUGCUAUCUUCAUCUGCCCUCAGGUUGAUUAACUCAAAACAUUUUUUCCCUCUGCUUCUCAAAAAAAGGUAUUGAUUAAGCAUCAAGCAAAUAAAAUAAACUAAGGGAUCUGGAGAAUAUAAUACCUCCCCCUUUUCUAGAAAUAAAUGAUAUAUGUCAUGCUAAGAGCUGACCACUAAAUUUUUUCAUCAUCGACCCCCAUGGAAAUGGAUGCAUUUUUUAGUGUCCCUAGCAUACCUUGCCGAUCACACAGUCAAGAUAAGCUAAUCCACAUAAGAGGGAAGGGGGUGGCAACUCCUCUCUCUCUCACUCUCUCUCUCUCUCUCUCUCUCUCUCUCUCUACACACAUAGUGAUGCAGGGUGAGACCCAAUAGGCAAACUAAGCCAGGCCCAGUCUGAUGUAGGCCAUGAAGCCCCCACCACAAAUCUAGGCACCGACGAACUUGUCCUAACUCCAAAGAGUUCAUAUACUACUAAUGGACCCAUUUUCCAUUGUGGGCCCAUUGAGCCCAUUAUAUGUUUUCUUUCAUGUAAGCCUUUAUAUGGCCCGAUCUGGUGUCCUAGAGGGAGAACUCAAUCUUGAAAAAAAAAAGAAGACACCCCUUUUGCUCCACUUGUAGGAGUGAUUAGAGUAGGGUUGGUCAUGAUAGCUUGCGCCCUGAUAAGGUUGAUCGAGAGGACCUUGUUCCUCUUGGUUGGAACUCCGCCAUUCUAUCACCACCAUCAAUUGCCUUACCUACCACCACCAAUUUAUUUGUCAUCACCACCACCAGCUCCACCUUCUUCACUAUAAGAGUCAAUUGCCAAUAGUCAACUAUUACAAUCACUCUAAAAGUCAACCAUAUGGCCAAUAGUCAACUAUCAAUAGUUCUUCAAAAGUUGACUAUUGACGUUCUUUCCUGAUUCUCUAAGUAUUUUCAUAAAUAUUGAAUCAUUUAUGCUCAUUCUGUACUAUGUUCAAAAGCCUGUCCAUUGUCUUAUUUUCCAAUUUAAUCACAUAUUUCUAAGUUGGUUUCUAUGUAUAUUUCAAUGAAUGGAAAUGGUAAAUUAUUGAUGAAUUCAAAAGUCAAUGCUAAUUAUAUCUUCCUCCCAACUGAAAGAGAUACUUUGGAGAAAGUGAACAAGGCUUUUUCAAAUAAACUAAAUGGAGCUCAAGUUUAUCAAAUUACUACACAAGUUAUGAUGCUAAAAUAGGGAUGAAAAUUAGUUAGAGAGUAUACAAACGAACUAGAAUCUAUGUGCCUGGAAUUUGAUAGAUAUAUUGAUAACUAUCAAAACUUUAAAAGUAAUUAACUGCAUAAGGAAGAAUAUAUAGGUUGAAAGAAUCUACAGAUUUCUAAAGGAUUUGAAUUUUGAGUAUGAUUAGACAAUAACAUAGAUCUUACUGAGCGCUUGACCUCAUAAUUGAGGUCUCCCAUGUAACUUGUAACACUUGUCACAUGUGCGUCUUGUCUUCUUGCAAUAAGUACACCAUCGAUUAUGUAUAUGGUCACCUUUCUUUGUGCCUUGAUUGAGUUGUCCUUUAUACUUCUAAUAUUUGACCACAAACACGGAGUUAUUCACUAUUAGUGAUUCUAUCAUAAGAGUUCUUCUACUUUCUUCAUUCUUCAUCAAAGCAAUCACGUCUUCUAAAUCUAGCAAACACUAGUAGAAUACUAGUAGAGUUGAACACUAAGAUCAAAAAGCUAACAUCAACUAUGACAUUCAACUCCAUUAGCUCCUUCAAUGGGACUCCUCGAUCUUUUAUAUUACAUACUAUAUGUAAUUCAUUAUCUACAUCAUGAAUUUUAGAUAUAGGAGUUAAUGACCAUAUGACUAAGACCUUAAAAAAAUAAAUUAACAUAUAACUAUUGCCUAGGAAGUAAGAACAUUGCUACUGUAGAUGGAUCUUUGAUCUUCAUAAUAGGUACAUGCAAUGUUAGAAUUUAUUCAUUGGGUAUUUUUAAUAAUGUGUUACAUAUUAUAAAACUCUCUACUAACCUAAUUUCAAUCAAAGGGUUAAUAGAUGAUAUAGAUUGUAAGGUAACUAUUGAUAGUGAUAUAUGUGACAUAUAUAACAAGGUGAUGAACAAAAGGAUUAGAUGUGUUAAGAAAUGUGGCGGCCUCUAUCACCUUGGGACCCUAAGAUGUAUGUAUAUAAUAGACUCAUGAUCAUCAUGGGGAUGUGGAGGUGUAGCAAUAGAAGUGCCUAAGGAACUAUUAUCAUAUCACCAUCAUCUUGGAGAUUCAUCAUUAAAAAUAUUGAGGCUCAUUUUUCCAAAGUUAUUUUUGAAUGUUAAGGUUGAUAUUUUUUAAAUGAGAUUUGUGUGAACUUGUGAAACACAAGAGAGCACCUCUUACUAUGAGUGACUCACAUAGCUCAAUCCCAUUUUCACUCAUUCAUAGUGAUGUGUGAGGAACCUCAUCUACUCUUAAUAUCUUAGGAGUAAGAAGGCUUGUUACAUUUUAAGAUGACUUUUCUUGAAUUAAAUAGAUUUAUCUAUUGAACCAUUAGUCUAAAGUUAAUAAAAUUAUCCAAUAAUUUUGUGCACUAAUUAAGAAUUAAUUCUAGACUACAAUCAAAGUAUUUAGAUCAGAUAAUACUAGAGAUUAUUUUAAUUAUAUGUAAAUGACUGAAAUAAUAUGUAUUAUUAUCUAAUCUAAAUACCCUAUUAAUCCUCAUGUGUCAAUACCCUACAACAAAAUGGGGUAGUUGAAAGGAAAAUGGGCAUAGGAAGUUGCUAGAAUACUUUUGUUUCAAAAUAAGAUGCUAAUGAUGUUUUGGAGACAAGCCAUCUUAAUGGUUGCUCAUCUCAUAAAUUAUAUACCUACAAUGGUUUUAGGGAUCAAGAGUCCACUAAAUGUACUCUCAUCUUAUUAUCAAGCAGAAAAAUUCAACUCCUAAAAUAUUUGGAAGUGUAGCAUGUCUACAACCAAGAUCCAUCUAGAGGAAAGAUUGACAAUAAAGUAUUAAAUGUAUAUUUUUUGAAUACUUAAAUAUUAAAAAGGGGUAUAAAUACUAUCAUCCUUCAUGGAAGAAAUUAUGUGUCAUAGAUGUAACAUUUAAUGAAUGUGAAUCCUUUUUUCACAUUCAAGAUAAUCUGAUUGAGGGGGAAACUUACAAAAAGAGAAUGAUGAGACACAAGAAGUUGGAAGCUUCUUGUUGCCAACACUAUCCUUAGAGAAAGCUUUAACUCCUUCAUAUGACCAUGAAGGAGGUUACACCUACCACACCCCAUGAUAAUGGAGGUGGUCAAGUGGAUACUAGUGAACCUUCGGUGUUAGAAAAUAACCAAGAAAACUUGCCUAUUUCUUCAUAAAGGAAAAAUAAUAUAUUUAUUUACCAUCUUAUAAAACUUUUUUACCUGACUUAAUACUACACAUAUUCCAUCAAAUGUCUCUUAUGCAUUAGCUCAUUGAGAGUGGAAGAAAGAUAUGGAUUAAGAGAUGAAAGUGCUAGAGAAAAAGUAGACAUGAGAACUAAUUAAGUUGCCAAAAAGGAAAAAACAUGUAGGGUGCAAAUGGGUUUAUACAGUUAAGUAUGAACUGAAUGGAACCAUAGAAAGUACAUGAUAAGAUUAGUUGCUAAGGGUUAUACUCAAACUCAUGAUAUAGAUUAUCUAGAGACAUUUUCCCCAAUGAAAAAAAUAGACACUGUGAGGAUCUUACUCUCAUUAGCUGCCAACUGUAGUUGAUAUAUAUAAUAAUUUGAUGUUAAGAAUGUUUUUCUAUGUGGAGAACUUAAUGAGGAAAUUUAUAUAGAUAUUUUAUAGGGAUAAAAAUUUAGUUUGAAGAGUGAUGUGAUAUGUAAGUUGAAAAGACAUUACAUUGAUGUAAACAAUCACUAAAGGCAUGGUUUGUUUCAAAGGUGAUGAGAGAUAUUAGAAAUAAACUGAGUAAUAGAGAUCAUAGUUUAUUUAUUAAAUAUUCACCUUUAGGGGGAAUUACUACUCACGUAGUAUAUGUAGAUGAUAUAAAUGUGACAUGAAAUGAAUAGAGGAUAAAGAUUAUUUGAGUAAGUUUUUACUAAAGGAGUUUGAUCUUAAGGCAUUAGGAAAGCUGAAAUAUUUUCUUGGCAUAGAGGUCACUCAUUCCAAAGAAAGAAUUUUUAUAUCCCAAAAAAUAUAUAUCACUAAUAUUCUUAAAGAAAGAAGAAAGCUAGGAUGUGAACCUAUGAUUACUCUUAUAUAUCUGAACCAUAAAUUUGGAGAGGCAAAAGAAAGUUAUCCCAUUGACAUAUUAAGAUAUCAACAUCUUGUGAGAAAGUUAACAUAUUUCUCACAUACUCAACCUGAAAUUUCAUACUCACUAGAAGUCUUUAGUCAAUUCAUGCAUAACCUUAGAGAAGUUCAUCUAUCAAUUUUUGAUAGAGUUCUUCAAUAUUUGAAGGAAACCUAUCAUAAAUGACUUUUUAUUUAAGAAGAAUGAUAAUGUGGAUUUAGAAGUUUAUAGUUAUGUUGAUUUUGUAGGUUCCUUUAUUUAUCAAUGAUUAACCUCAAGAUAUUGUACAUUCCUCAGAGGGAACCUUAUCACAUGGUGGACCAAAAAACAGCAAGUGGUGACUCAUUCUAGUGCAAAAUCAGAAUUUAGUACCAUGUCACAAGGAAUUUGUGAAAUUUUGUAAGUGACAGGUAUUUAGAAGAACUUAGAGUCAAACUACACGAGACAAUUAAGUUGUAUUGUGACAACAAAUCAACUACAAGUACUGGCCACAAUCUAAAACAAUAUGAUUGAAUCAGGUACAUAGAGAUCAAUCGACACUUCAUCAAGAAAAAUCUAGAUAGUAGAGAUAUAUGUAUGCCAUAUAUGCCAAUACAUAACCAGCUAGUUGAUAUCCUUAUCAAACAAUUAAGUAGACCUCUUUUUUAGAGAUUGACUUUCAAUCUAGGAUUGUCUAAUAUUCAUUCACAAACUUGAUGGAGAAUGUCAAAGAAGGGAAAAUAAUAGUUGUACCUUAUUUAAUUUUCUGUUUAUGUUCAUCUAUCUCCAUCUCUCUCUAAGUGAGUCAGAUACACAUGUUGGUAUAAGUUAUACCUGACCGUUGAAUCCAACUCACUUGAGUUACGACUGUGUAAGGACCAGCUACUAAGUAGGUCGUGAUUUAAGCUAAUGUUUUCUUCUUUUUUUCUCUCUUUGAACAAGAGCAAUGACUCCCUUCUACCAAGGGCUACCCUCUCUCUCUCCGACGAUCAUGGUGUCUACUGGUUCGACAAUCACCAUCCACCUCCAUCCACUGACCAUGCUUUAUAUUUUUGUACUAUUGUUCUCAACCAGGACUUUCCUUUGCAUGUACUAGGAGAAUCCGUCACCAUUGCCUCGAGCACCUUGGUUAAUGGAAAUACACAUUUAACGACGCUUCUAGCGUGUACUGGAGGGCAAUCUGAGGACUUAAGAUAGUGAUAAAUUGAUGAUAAGAUGGGGAAGUUCACCCGCAUCUUACGAGGAUAGUACAAGGUUUUUAUAUUCCCACAAUAUAAUCGAUAUUCAUACAUAAUCAUAUUACACGAGAGUGCAUAAAGAUACUGAGAACCCUUAUUAACCUAUUUUGGAAACAAGGGGGAGGUUAUCAACGCGAGUGCUCAUUAAUCUUUAAGAACCAACGCGUCCACAUAAUGUUCUUCAAACUCCCUUUAAUAAAGCGGCUUUAUGACGUCGAGGAACCUGACCAUUCUAUACUUUCUCGGCCGAUGAGGCUCGUCCACCAUCUGCUCCAGCGGCCAACCUUCGCGUCGUUGUGCGGAAAAAUGAAAGUUCCGAUGGACAUUGUCGCCCUCUCCCUGUUUGUGACGACUUGAUGCUGUACACUCUUGUACAGACCGUUGCUCCACACCUGCAAGAUUCAGUGGAAUGAGCUUCAUUUCACCAUGAAUUUUUCCGUCAUCUUCUCGACAUGUAGGCUUAUACGCAAAUACGUGUGGAGAGAUGGGCACAUAAAAAGGGUGAUAUUUUAGGCUUGUAAGAACAUAGAACUAGCCACUAGGGAAGCUCGGAGAUGGAUACCUCAAUGGUGUCGCUGAGGUUGAUGACAAAUGCAUUUGGGAUCGGCUUGACGGGGAUCCACAUGCCGUCGUGCCUGACUUGUAGCCCCGUGACGUCAUCGUCUUGGGAGAGAAACGUGAUGGUACCUUUGUCGGUGUGCAGGCUCAGCCCCAGGACUUCGUCUGCCUGGCAGCAAGGUGGGUAGUGACCUAUUUUUGUGAUUUGCGUCAAGUCCCCAUGCAACUGUAGCAGGCCGUCCUCCUCCAUGUUCAUAAACCGAGAAAGGUUUCCGAGCAGCUCCUUGGUGACCCUAUCUAGCUCUGCUAAGUAUGCCUCAAGGGCGUCCCUGGAAUCAAGAGGGGAGAAGAAGUUAGAAACCCGUGUCCUCUGAGGCCAGUAUGAUCGAUUUGCAGAGCAUUGGCAGUAGUGUAAUUUAGAUUUUUGACUAAGCCACAAUAGUUAGUUUGAUUUUCUCUCGUUCUUACUUGAAACGUGGCACUACGGUCGGCCAGAAUUUGAGACUCUUCUUCUUGCUUAGUUGUGUGAUCAGGAUCAGCAUGUCGGUCUAGUCUAACUUUUGCUCUUCAGACAUGACGACCCCUUCCCGUACCCUUGGAAAUCGUUCUCCCCAAUGGCGUACCUCCUCUUUUCUUCAAUCAGGAGGUCAAAGAAGGCAGACAUGGCCGCCCUCGUCUGCCGUAUGACCUCCUCGUUGAUCCCAUACUUUACGAUCUGCAACGAAAUUAAACAACACGUUAAAAUUAUAUCGAAAGAAAUAUCUUGAGGCGAUAUACUCUGAACAUUCUCUCGAAUGCAAACAAAUAUUCCGCAGUGGGGCACAAUCUAAUGAAACAUUGACAGAAUUUAGUGUAACUUGAAACAUUGAGAGAGAGAGAAAGAAAGAGAGAGAGAGGGAGAGAGAGUCGCCGUCCCCUUUCUCUUUUGAGGAAAAGUCAACAACUACAUUGCCGACAUAAAAACGUGCGUCUAUUUCUGUGGUGGCCGUUUAUGGCUGACUAUAGCCAAUAUUUUAUCGUCAGCAUUUAACAUGCCAAAUUUAAUAGGGUGAGGUAUUCCAUACUCCGGAUCUCCCACUUUAUUUUAUCCUGCAUAAUUCUUGACGAAGAUGGCGAUUGAUUGAUAGUUUAUUCCGCUCCUGUUCUUCCUAUAGUGUUGGCAAUUUCAAGCCACAUGAGUUGGCGGGGGCCGCUGAAACCUAGAGUCAACUGCAUGCUUUCAGUUGUAUGUAGAAUUAUUGCCACAAGAUUAGAGAUGAUGAGGAUUGAUAGGGUAAUGAAAAAAAAACAAAGAAUGAGAGAGAUGGAAGGUAAACAUACUGAAAUCUUAUAGUCAUUAGGGCAAAUUAGAAACAAUCCUUGCUAUGGCAAUAGUCCUAUGGUCAGCUAGAUAGUCCAAGCUUUCCCUAUGUGGAUUUGAAUGGGAGAGGGAGCGAGGAAGAUACUAAGGUGAUGUGAAAAAUGGUGCAUCUAUUUUUGUGAUGGUAUUUUAGUUGACUUUAGAGAAAAAACUAUAGUCGACAUCUAAAAUGCCAAGUCUCUCACUAUAUUUUACUAAAUAUUGGAUCAUAAACUAGUUAGCCCCAAGGGAGAACCUAUUCACUACAGGGUAGUCGGCCCGUGCAUCUUGCAGUCGUCUUUGAACAGGUCAACAAAUCAGCAGCGUUAUAAUAAGACACCGAACGGCUUUUCGAGCAUAAAUGAUCCAAUAUUUAGGAAAAUGUUUAGAGAAUAAGGGAAGAAUGUAGCUUGAUGUCUCCUUUGCAUUAUCAACAACUAGGCCUUUCAUAUUCCAAACCCUUCCGGGAUGACCCAAUUCGCAGUGUUGGCUCAUGGAAGAUGAGAUAUGAAGCAGCACUGCCGAUGGACAGCGUCGCUUCAUCCACCUUGAGGUAGGGAGCUUAUGUGCAGCGAGGAAGUUUGCCACUGGACACGGAGUCACUGUGGAUGACGGGAUAGUCAGAUGUUGAUGGGCUGUGAGCGAGAGAAAAUGUCCUCUUUGUAGGAUGCAAUGCGAGCCAUUUGCUCUUUAGGGAGGCUGCCUCCUGGUUGGGGGGUCACUGCCCGCAGCUCGUAACCUGAAACACCACCUAGUUUACUUCCUGGAGAUAUUCAGCACUAGAAGAAGGGAAGCAGGCCCAUGCCCUAGUUCUCAGAACUGGGUGCUCUUUGAGCAACUAUGUUCAAAACGGACUUGUGGCCAUGUACGCCAGGUGCAGCGCGAUUGACAAUUCAAAGCACACUUUCUCUGCCAUUUGCAGCCCCGAUCUAGUCUCUUGGAAUUGUAUCCUCUCCGGCUGAGCCCGGCACAGGCAUGCGCGCCAUGCAUUGGAGUUCUUUCAGAUAAUGCAGAGCCACGAAGUUGAGCCAGAUGAGACCACCUACCUGUCCAUGCUAUCUUCUUGCGCCCAUGUCGGGCCUGUUGAUGAGGGCGUCUAGUGUUUCAACAUUAUGAUCGAGGGAGUAGACCGGGGGAGGAGUCCAACAAUGGAACAUUACUCCUCAUUGGUUGACCUUCUCGAUCGAGCGGGCUACCAAAAGCAAGUAGAAUCAUUAGUCAACGCCGUCCUCAUGGAGCCGCGGCCUUCGAUCUACCGGUCGCUGCUCAGUGCCCACGGGGCUAUGCAGAUGGCAGCGUGCGCAGUGAGACGUUUUCUUGAGCUCUGCCCACAUGAUUCAUCUACUUACGUACUGCUUUCGAACUUGUUCGCAGAAAUGCGUCUGUGGGGCCAUUCGACAGUGCUCCGGAAGCAGAUGGCAAAUACUCUUGCCCACCCCUAAUCGGCUCGACUACCUAGCCUGAGGCAACCCGGCAUUACGGUCCGAAUCAUCUCUAAUCAUCAGUUCGUACCAGUCCAUCAUACCGGUCUAAACCAUUCCGGACCACCUAAUCCGUCCAUGCCAAUCUGCCUCAUCUGGUUCGAGCUUGUCCACCCACAGCCAGGUCAAAUAUAGUCAAAGUCAAUGUUAAGUCAACUAUCCACUAAGUGGGACCUAAGUUCACCUUGUGAUCCUCCAUCAGUUUUCAAUCACCUAUUCUUAUGAUAAGUUUAUCUCUAAACUCUAUUUCUUUUUGUAUUUGGGUUAUUUACUUUUUUAGCAUAUUAUCUUGCAACAUUAUCAUUGAGUGAACCUAGAUAGAUUACUUUUAUCUAUAUUCAGUGGUGAUAGUAUAGAAAGUACCCACUUGAUUUAGCACACCUAACAAAUUAUUAAAAGUGGAGCUCCAUAAUCUCUAAUGAUUCCUUGAUUGAGUCGAUCAUUUCAAAUCUUGGAACACGACCCUACCCUAGUCAACCCUAUUAGAUUCUAUAGAUCUAAUGCAUGUCAAGUCUACGCUACUAGUAAAGUAGUUUAGUCCACCCAUCCCACAUAAAGCACAACCCCAACCACAAGAAGAAGUUGUUGCUUGCAAAGGCCAAAGACAAUGCAAAGAGGUGAAGGUGCACACUUUCUAAAAGAAGUCAGUAACAAUAGUUGAUUCCAUGACAUCACAUGGGCCAAGCAUGAUGGUGAAGGAUUGGACCCUGAAUAUCAUGGAGCCCAAGUAGUCUCCUGAUCUAACUUUGCUCCUUUUAGCUUAAUUUUUAUAUGAUUUAUCUUUUCUCAAAAUCCACCUUGAAGCAUGUCUCUAAUAAGGAAAUAGUUGAGCUACCAUAUAUUACAGUUGGCUGCACCAUGAAGGGCAUUGAAGGCCCUAAUGAUAGUUGCCAUGUAAAAGAGAGAAACAUUUAUAUAAGAAAAGAAAUUAUCACUCAAUUGAAAAUUAAUUGAGAGUUAUAAAUGAAUAGUCCUUUUUUUAUUAAAUACAUCAAAUAAUAUAGCUAUGUUUUAUUAAUCACAUCUAAAAAUUAGAUGUUGGCUCCACCCCAUGAUUGAACGAAAUCAAGGGUUUUUGAAGCACCCUAAAAUCAAUUGAUCAAGAAUAUUUAGAAUCGUGAAUUUACCAAAUUAAAAUACUAAAAAGGUAAGUAUUAUGAUAAUUCUAUGGUAGAUCCACAUGGAAUGAGAAUUAGGGGCUAAGUAGUUACCAUUCUAUUUAAUUUAUAGAUUUAGAUGAGAUGAACUGGAAGAAGAAGAAGAUGUGCCAACAAAUAAGAAGGAACAUUACCAUAAAAAAAAGAAAAAUAACAAUUUAAUGAUGCCAAAGAUGAUUAAGAGGAGAAAACACUUACAAAAGAAUCAUAAUACAAAGUUAAUAACGUACCUCUAUCUAUUCAAACCUACAAAUGCUAGAUGGUUGUUCACACUUAGAAUGCAUUAGACUUGGAGAAACUUACCUCAUGCCUCUAUAUUUCAUCAAGGCUAGAUAAUUUCUUCUUCGAAUAUGCUUCUUUGACGAUCUUAGUUGCAAACCAAAACUUGAAUCAAUUCAGAACACAUCAAGAUUGAUGUGGAACUUAAAUGUGAUUUCAUUCAAGUCAAUUAAAUGUCGGGACAUUCGAAGUUAAGUUUUCCUUCCCUAAACGGCAGCUUAAAUGUGUAAGGGUUUACGUGAGUGUAUGAGAGUACACGUGUAGAGCUGAUAUUUGACUUCUUAUGUGUUGGUUCAUCCGAGAUCAUCUGAUCUAGGGUUGUGAUUAGGUGAGGGUAUUUCCAUCUUUUUGGUUGUGAUAAGAUGAGACUAGAGUCAAUUUCCUCUCGAGUUUAUCUGAAGUGUAGAUUUAGAGAUCUUGUCAUAGUUGUAGGAUCUUCUUUAAUGUUGAGAUCCAUUGCACCCUUGGUACAUACACUCCAUCUAUCGUUGAUUAUGUAGACACUCUCACUUUUGAUCUCCUCAUUUGGUGAUGUCAUGUGUUAGUGCCUCGUCCCUUGAUUUUGUUGUCUCAUCUCUACAUAUCGAAUCUCAUCUGUAGAAGCAUAUAUUGACUUCUAAAAAUCAUAAAAAGAUAUAAAAAAAAUCUUGAAAUUACCUCAUAUUUAUAAAAAAAAAUAAUUAUGACUGUAAAACUUAGAGAAUUUUUUUAAAUAAUCUCUAAAAUAUUAAACUUCAUGAAAUAAUAAAUAUUUACUUUUUUAAUAUGAUAAUAUACUAUAUUAUAAAAUCUAAGCUCUUGAAUAAAAUAAUUCUUAUGCUUUUUGUGUGAUAGUCAGCAUGUUAUCACACCCCCCAACUUGAGUUAUUACUAGACUCUUAAUAAGAAAAUAAUUCAAGUGCUACAUGGUAAUUCAACAAAAAUUCAUAUUGACAUUCACUCGCACAUCAACUAACUUGUCUAUCAUUUCACAAAUCUUCAUCAGAGAGUUUCACAUGUUCAUGUUAAGACAUUCAUGAACUAAUGUUCAAGUAGAGUUCAAGUUUGCUCAUUUUUUUCAAUCUUAACAAUUGAAUUGUUUAGUCAUCAAUUCAUCUACUAGCCAAAUAUCACCAAUGGAUUUUCGAUUUUGAGUUAACUCAAAUCACUACAACUUAUUGAGUAUGACUCAUGUGUUGUGCAUGUAGCUUUUUUAAAAUAAAGUAAUACUUAUCCAAGUCUUACAUGUGAAAGCUCCACAGGACAAGAAGGAAAAUUCUUCUUUUAUUUGCAUUUGAGCUUCACUUUACACGACAACCCUCCCCCCGUUUUUUUUCUUUAUUCUUUCUUCUUUGUUUUGUAAUAGCAGGUGACUUUUCUCCAAAUGUUUGCUGAAAGUUUGAAUGUAGAUAUUCAUUCUUUGGAGGCUCAUAAUCUACUAAUUUCUAUAUGAGCAUAAAAGUGUUGAGUGAUCUUCCUUCAACUCGUGAUCUAAAUCAUAAGAUAUUCUUAACUAAAAAUUCAAGUAGCUUGAACUAGUUCUAUGACAAUAAUAAAAGUACUUUAAAUUAAAAAAUAUAAUUAAAUUUACUUACUACCAACUCGUGUUCAUGAAUAUGUAAAACACUACUCAACAUGAUCUCUCUUUUUAAGACUCAAUUAAUGAAGACAAGUUUGUGAGUAUGGAGAUUAAACAAUAUGACAAUCCAAAUUGUGAUGUUUUGAUUGAGUCUUUUUAUAAUACAUCUACAAGAUAAAUUCAAAAAUAUGUGCAUUCAUAAUAUUGUGAGUGCAUACUACAAGAUACUUAUCUUCUCACCGUCCAACUUAAUUAUACGUUGUCCCUAGUCCAUAAAAAAUGAAUUUAGAGAAAGAAGGUGCAAAUUGAGUAAUGCAGUCCACGCUAUAUUUGGUGGCAAAUGGGACCCAUCUCCACCACUACACAAGCUCGAGGUGAUAGAGGAGACCUCACCCUCACGUAUCCAGCCAAAUCAAGGAGCACGAGUGAAGAUGAAGGACCCCGGAUUCCACUAUACAGCUUGAGGUGCCUUUGUAUUUUUCACGUCUUAUGUUUUUCCUUCGCUCGUUUCCCUUGUUCGUGAACUGUGUGGAUUCUAGUUUUGCUCCAUGUGGGGCCUCCCAUCCCUAAGGUUCGUGUUGGUCCCAUGGUGGGGAUGGGAAGGCCCAUUUCUCUUUUGUUUUCUUUUAUUUCCUCUCUUCUCCUUUCGGGUCAUACAUGUUUAGGCCCAAUUGGAGAAGAGGGCAUCCUUCUUUUCCUCGCCUCUCUUCUCUUUUGGGUCAUUCUCUUUUGGGUCCAAUUGGAAGGAGGGCCCAUUUUAGACUCUUGUGUGUGUUCCUUUUUUGGGCUUUGGCAUCUCCUUUGCUACUCCCACAAGUGGUCGCAUAGAGGAGUUUGCAAUCUUGAAUCUCGUCUUGGUGGGUUUCACCUUGAGACUGAUUCUCUGAGCUUCUUCCAAAGAAAUGAAGUUGCAUGUUAUGCCACUAUCUACUGUUGCUGCAAUUAUUUCUUUAUCAAUUUGGGCCUUGACAUACACCAAUAUCUUUCAUUAUUGCCCUUUUGUUGGUUGCAAGAGAUGAUGAUUUCAAAAGAUUGAUGCCUUCUUCAACUUCCUCCUCAUCAUUGUUUAGUUGGAUAAUGUUCAAUUGUGGCUUCUUGUUGAAACUUAGGUAGUCAUGUUUCUUAUGUGGUCCCCUACAAUUGAAGUAGCCCAUUUCAUAUGAUCUCUUAGUGUCUUUGGACAGAGUUGGGUCAGGUAGUGUCUGAGUCAUCAGGCUUGUACAUCCUCCUCCUUAUCUUUGCUGCCCAUUUCUCUAGUUGUGUCGCCCCCUGCAGCCUCUUGGUGCAGCUUUUGAGGAGGGUUGGCUGUGUUGGUAGUCCUCAAGGCUCUCAACAAUCCUACACAUUUCUUCCAAGGUGGUGGCAUGAUAUCUGAGGCAUUCUCUCCUUGCCCACAAUUGUAGUCCAACUAGGAAAAAUUAUAUUCUAAGUUCUUCAGGCAUUAUUAGGAUGUCAAGCAUCAAUGUCAGAAAUUUCUGCACAUUCUCAUGUGGAGCCACUUUACUUCAGUAUUGUUAACUUGGACACCACUUCAAAUAGCUAAGUCAAGAGUCUGAAAUAUCACGCGAGUGAGGUUUUGAAGUCCUCCCAUGUCUCUAGCAUGUUCCCUCCCUUCACCCUCCACCAUAGGGCUACUAAGUCUUCAAGGAAUUGUGUAGCGAUCUCAAGACGUUCUGCGUCGAUGUAGUCAUAAUCUAUGAGGUAGUUCUCUACCUCUCACAAGAAGGCAUCCACCUUGGUCAUAUCUCUUUGGCCGGAGAACAGCUUAGGUGAGGGAAGUCUAAUUCUCUUUUGACCCCCCAUUUAGGGGUUAAUCUCAUGUUGGCGAAAUCACUCGUUGAAGGCUCUGAAGUGUUCCUUUGUCGUGGGAGGUUCCUUUCCUAGUGUAUUGCUCAUAGAUUUUUUUUGAAGCUCAUCCACCUUCCUAUUUGUCAACAAGAUGUGUUCUUUCAAUUGCUUUUGUCUCUCAUUUGAGUAUUCUUCUCACCGGGCCAUCAUUUUGUAGAGUUUAGACAUGUUUCCUUCGAACGCCCUUUCGACCACCUAGAAGGACUCUCGUGCGGACUAUAGUUCCUACUCUACUCACACAGUAUGUGACCCUUGCUCCCUUUCUCACAUGGCUUUGAUACCAUUAUUACACCUUAGGUGAGAUGUAGCAUUGGAUAGCUAAGGUAUGCUCUCUAGUUAGCCCUUUGAAUAUUCAAUAAAACUCACAAAGGGUACUUCCUUUCGUCACACUCCCCACCUACCUCAGUUACAAGGGGUUUGGAGUAGCCAUUAUACCUGAGUUGUAGUUAGCUGAGAUUACCCACUAACUAUUCUGCCUACCCAGACAUCAUCCAACCUGUCGGCAUCCACUAUGUCCAUUAGGACUACGUUCCUGCAUAUCACGCGAGUGUAUUAGUCUUUCUCCUCCUACAAGGGUUCCAUGUGUCUGGGGACCCAUUUUGUCUUGGGUCUUGUGAUGUCACAUCUUGUCACCAUGCUGCACACGUCCAUCGUGACGCGUGCGCCCGCCUUGUUGUGCACACCUAUUGUGCCGUGCACCCCCACCGUGCCAAGCGCACCCACCGUGCCACAUGCAUCCACCACAUCCUAUGUGCUCGUCUUGCCACAUGAGCCUACCCUGUUGCAGGUGCAUGUUGCCCCUUGUGAGUCUGCUACACCGCUGCUUCCUCCAUGACACCUAGAGCAUGGUACAAUAGACUUGAUUCAUAUUUUCUUAAGCAUCAUUUUCAUAGAAGUGAUAAUGAGGCAACACUUUAUAUUAAAACUCAAGAGAAAGAUAUUUUGAUUGUAUGUGUUUAUAUUAAUGAUAUUAUAUAUAUUGAAGCUUCUUUGUCACUAAUUUUAAAUUUCAAGAAUUGUAUGAUGGUUGAAUUUAAUACAACAGAUUUAGGAUUACUUUAUUAUUUUUUUAGACUUCAAAUCAUUCAAAAUGAUUAUAGUAUAUUUAUUUCAUUAGAAAAAUAUGUAUGUGAUUUCAAAUCAUUCAAAUCAUUCAAAUCUUGAUAAUGUGACUGCAAAAAUGAAUGAAUAUUUUUAUAAAAGUUUGAUUGUUAGGUUAAUGUAUUUGACUUAUACUUGACUAUAUAUAUUAUUUUUAGUCAAUAUGAUUUUAAGAUUUAUGUAUUUACUCAUACUUGAUCAUCUUGGAGCAAUAAAGAGAAUAAUUUGGUAUAUUCGUAGGACUAUUAAUUAUAAAAUUUUAUAUCACUAUGUUUCUGAAUUUAAUUUUUCCAAUUAUUCAAAUAGUGAUUAAGUAGGUUCAGUUGAUGACAGAAAAGUAUGAGUGAAUUUAAUUUUAAUUUUGGCUCAAGUGCAAUCUCAUGGGUUUUUAAAAAGUAGUAAUCUACUAUAUUAUCAUUUAAAGAAGUUGAAUAUAUUACUACAUCAAUAGUUGCUCAACAAAUAAUAUAGAUGUGGAGAAUCUUACAUGAUGUCAAAUUUUCACAAUCAAUCCCUAGGUGAUUUAUUGGGACAACAUUCAACUAUUUCUAUGACAAAUAAUAUAGUCUAUCAUAGAAAAACAAAAUAUAUUUAAAUACAACAUCAUUUUAUUCAAAAUUUAGUUACUAAAAAUUAUAUAGAGAUAAAAUUUUACUCAAUAAUAGAUCAAGUGAUAGAUGUCUUUACAAAGACAUUAAGUUACUCAAAGUUUAUCAAGUUUAGAGAAAUUCUUGGUUUGAGACAUUUCUGCAUUGAGGGGAGUGUUGGUAUUUAAUUCAAAAAUAAAAGAUAUUAUUUCGUCCUUAUUAGGUGUUUUAUUUUUAUUGGGCUUUACUGUCUUUAAUGGGCCAAAAAGGGUUAGCUCACAUGAGGUAGUUAAUUAUUAUAGAUACUCUCUCUCCCCCCUCGUGAAGAAAAGUUUUUAAGACGUUUCAUAUUUUUCUAGGGUUUUCUUGUGCACUAACUCUAUUUCUCCUCUCUUCCUCCUUCGGCCAUUCUUCCCAAAAAUCAGCAUAUUCUCUCUGGGUCUCUGUCCCAUUAUUUUCCUUCAAAUUCAUGGUGAAAUGAAGCUCAUGAUCUUUCAAGUGUGAAGCAGCGGUUUGUACAAGAGCGUACAGCACCGGGUUGGGCCGCUGUAGCAGACGGUGGACGAGCCCCAUCGGCCGAGAAGGUAUAAAACGGCCAGGUUUCUCGACGUCGCAAAGUCGAUUAAAAAAGGAAGUUUGAAGGACAUUAUGUGGACGGGUUAG